AUGACUAAGAUAGUUGGUCUAGCCAGUGUAUUCCUAUCUUUUGCGUUAGGAUCUCUCUGUAUAUUGUUAUUAUCGUUAAGUCAUCAGCAAGAGAUAAGUCUGAUACUAAUUACAUGCUCUUCUUUCCUAUAUGGUCUUGUACUAUUGGUAACGCUUUUGAUAAGAGUUCCUUUUGAAAAGGUUAUAAGAGGAACUGUCGACUACAUUUUACAAUUGAUAACACUGGGAUCAUCCGUGGCAUUUUUUAGUAAUCUAAUAAAGCAAGAGAAUAUAUCUACUUCACUACUUCAGAAACGCGUCUUGAUUGCGACUGGGUCGAUACUCCUAUUUUCACUUUUCUGCAAUGGAUAUUUCAUUGGUAUGGAAAGCACUGCAACAUCCCCUUCAAAAGAGACAUUACAUGAUGCUGAACAGAAUAUCCCAGAAUACACAGAAAAAAAUAGAUUUGUACCUGUAAAAAAUUCCUCGCAAACGCUGACACCUGAUAUGGAUAUACAAGAACAAAAUUACAACGAAAUUGAGAAUAAAAUAAAUUGGUUAAUGGAUGAUUUACCGCAGAAUGCCUAUUCUGAUCAGAUGUCCAAUCGUUCAGUCAUCCAUCAUGAGCUGAAACGAGUGACAUCUUUGAGGAAUAGUUCUGCCCAAAAAAAUGCCAGGAGCAUUAAAGCACCAUCCUCUAAAAGAAGGAAAAAUAAAUUAGCAUCUAUAAAACAAAAAUUUGGUUUUACACAGAGUAUUGUAACCAAGAAAAAUGCAUCAAAUUCUAAUAAAGUGAAUAAUAGUAAUAAGGGAAGACUUGUAGUGAGCAUCCGUGACUCUGAAAAACUGUUCCGUACAUCAGAUUUGACUAAAAGAAUUUCUAAUAUGACAUUUUCAAAUUCAGCCAUCGGCUUUGAUAACCUUUUAAAUUCAGUAGCUGAGACAUCCAGAUCCGAAGUUUUAAAUACCUCACAUUUGGCUUCAGUUGAAAAGCUAUCGGAGCAAUUGAUGGUUGCAUCUCCAGCUUUAAUACAAGAAAGGAGUGCCAUCGAGAGAAUCAAUAGCGCCCUUUUACCACCAUGUCUACGUUUGACUGAAACUUCUAGACAGCCCUCUUUCGACGUCGAGGAUGAGCCACAGCUGGGAAAUCAAAUAAAUGAUUUGAAUGACAGAUUUGAUUCGGAGCAAAAGUCCAAUUGUGCCACGAAUGUUCUGGAUAAUAAUAAUUUGAGGCAGAUUUCUGAGAUAAUUGAUCUAAAUUUUGAUCACACAAGCUUGUAUUCUGCUGAACAUGUUGAAUUUCCUCCUAAUGUAACUUUAGAGAUGUGGAGAAAGGACAAAGAAAGUUUUCUGAAAAGGGAGGAAAGUAUAAACAGAGAAGCUUUAUUACCUCCAUUCAAAUUUGAUUUAGGAAAAGCUCUGGCAUAUAGUGCAAAUGAUGACAGCCCCUUAUCAAGUCCAGUGGAGACAGAUAGAAAAUUGCAUUUGGAUUUGAACCAAAAAAUUAUAUCUAAUGACAGACGAGACAUUUCUGCCAUUAUCAAACUUGUAGAGAGGAGCAAUGAAGAUGCAAUAAGUCAAUUAGAUAAGUUUUUAAAUGAGUUUAGCCUGGAAGAAGGGACAGAAAAUCAGUGCUUAGAAGAAAGUUUAUCGCACAAAAAUUCGAUGUCAGUAAUCUCUGACGACGCUACCAGAGAUACCAUAACGGGGGUACGUGCACAUCAUUCACCAAGUAAGUCAAUAGCCUCAAUUAUUAGCGGAAAUGAAAGUUUCACUAAGAAGUCACAACAUGCUCUAAACUCAAUUUUGAAGCAUAGUAGAACGAAUUCACAGGUUACCUACACCUUUCCGUCGAGUACCAAUUUUGGUCGUUCAGUACACUCAUCACCAACAAAAUCUCAAAGGAUAAAGAGAAUGGGGAAAAAGCUAUCUCUUUCGAGUAUAACUGAUGCGGUAUCUAGUUCCUUCAGCCAAGAAUUUACAACGCCUCUUGGUAGUCGUUCACAUAAUAGAGGGAAAAGUGUAGAUUUUUCCUAUCUACAUUCCAUUCAAAAUAACUCAUCACCAAUCAAAACUAUAUCCAGAGAACAUUCACUUCGAGAUAAUCGCAGACACAGUCUUGCACCAAGUAUAUUAUUGAGAGAUACCGCACGUUCAUCAAUAUAUCUACACAGUAACGCAACUGUACAUCCCAAUCAGGAGGUUGCAUUUGAUGUCACUCUCAACAAUAACUCUUUCAAUGAGCCUCAAGACCAGUCCAGAUCAGUAUCUCACCCAGACAGCAUUGAGUCUACUGAAUCAGCAAACAUGUAUCCCGAUAUUGUCAUGAGUGAAUAUGAUAGGGAAAAAUGGAAUACCAUGCGGACUUUGAAUAUCAUUGAUUCAAAGGGACAAAUUAAAAUAUAG